CUGCUGGAGACUGCCAUGGGGCAGUACACCCAGGAGGGGGCCAUCACCUGCUGGAGGAAACUGUGCCCAUUGGCUGAGGGGGUUGGCUAUGGAGGUCAGCUGAUCAAGCUUUACAGCUGCAUGUCUUACAUCAUCAUCCUGGCCUGGGCCCUCUUCUACCUCUACUUCUCCUUCAGCUCUGAGCUGCCCUGGGCCAGCUGCUCCAACACCUGGAACUCAGAUCACUGUGUGGACUUCUCCAAUCAAAACCUCACUGCAAACUGGACCAACAACUCAUCUUCUGCAGCCAUCGAGUUUUGGGAGAGACGUGUGCUGCUGAUCUCGGGGGGCAUUGAGGAGGUGGGCAGCGUGAGGUGGGAGCUGCUCCUGUGCCUCAUCACUAUGUGGGUCAUCUGCUACUUCUGCAUCUGGAAGGGGGUGAAGUCUACAGGCAAGGCAGUUUAUUUCACAGCUACAUUCCCAUACCUGAUGCUUUUGGUGUUGUUGAUACGAGGGCUAACUCUACCUGGAGCUCUGCAGGGGGUGGAGUUCUACCUGUACCCUGACCCCUCCCGCCUGGCAGACCCACAGGUGUGGAUGGAGGCAGGAUCUCAGAUCUUCUUCUCCUACAGUGUUGGAGUGGGUACUCUGACUGUGCUGGGUAGCUACAACACCUAUAACAACAACUGCUACAAGGACAGUUUAUGGCUGUGUCUGCUGAACAGUGGGACCAGCCUGGUGGCAGGAUUUGUGGUCUUUUCUGUGCUGGGGUUCAUGGCACAUGAGCAGGGUGUCCCCAUCGCAGAAGUGGCAGAAUCAGGACCUGGUCUGGCAUUCAUUGCGUACCCCCAAGCAGUAGCAAUGAUGCCCCUAUCUCAGCUGUGGGCCGCCUGCUUCUUCAUUAUGAUCAUCCUGUUGGGCCUGGACACUCAGUUUGUGAUGAUGGAGGUGGUGAUGACGUCGGUGACAGACCUGUUUCCCAAAGUACUCCGGAGGGCUGGGCGCAGAGAGAUCUUCCUCCUGCUCUUCUGCCUCACCUGCUUCGUCUUGCAGCUGGUGAUGGUCACACAGGGGGGGAUGUAUGUGUUCCAGCUCUUCGACUACUAUGCCUUUAAUGGGGCCUGUAUGUUCUUCCUGUGUGUGUUUGAAGUUCUGCCCAUGGGCUGGCUGUUUGGGGCGGAGCGCAUGAUGGAUGUGAUCGAGGACAUGACCGGGGAACGGCCCAGCCUCAUCUUUAAGCUCUGCUGGCUCUACUUCACCCCACUGGUGACCCUGGGAUCCUUCAUCUUCUCUGUGGUGAAGUACCAGCCCCUGACCUUUAACCGCUGGUAUGUGUUUCCAGACUGGGCGUACAUGCUGGGCUGGCUGCUGGCCCUCUCCUCUGUUGUACUGGUGCCGGGGUGGAGUCUGGUCAAGCUCUCCAUCAGCACUGGCACUCUCAGACAGCGAUUGUCUCAUCUGUGUCACCCUGAUGAUGACCUGCCCCUGACCCGGAAGCAAAUGGCAGAGCGAGGGAAUGCAGUUUCUGCUAGUGUUGAAAGAGAGUUCAGGUGCUUACCAACACAAAAGUGGAAAUUGAAGUGUUAA